GUAAAACAGAGGUGUAUCUACAUGCGAUCAUCCCGACUAGGACAUUAGGCAUUCUCACCCCUGCUUUGUCUUUGGGCUGAAACUCCUCCCCUCUGCCUGCUGGGUGAUUAAUCCUAGACCACUGCUGCUGUGCCUGUGCCAGUACACCACCUCUGGUCUUGCUUUAAUCUCAUUUUGGAUAAACUGAACAGAUGGAGAUCUUGAGGACAUUCAACUCCUUCCUGUGCCUGUUUUCCGAGUUCUCUCUGCUUUUCAAAAGCAAACACAGCAAUGGGGUACAGCCUUCCCAGGGUGCAGAACCUUCCCUUUUCCUCCUCGUUCUCCUUAUCAUUCUCUUCCAUCGGAGAACUGCUGUUGGUUGCUCUUUGCACUGUCCCUUCCUCACUUUGAUUACAAGGCAUUGAUUUGCAGGAUAUGGGCUACCUGUGUUCAGGCACAACCAGCAGUUUGUGAGCCUGAACGUGAAAGUCCGUCACUGCUGUAUGAAAACAGAAACAAACUUUGCCCGGUGUUAUAAAUCGAGACUACAAUGGGUCGAACUCCAAUUGAAAUUUUAUUAAUUAUAGCAAGUAGAAUAUGAGCAAAACCAGCGCUGGACGACAGGGCAGUCUGUACUCCACCAACUGCCGUACUGAGGAGAACAAACUGUCCCUUUUUAUACAUUUUUUUUCCCGCGUUCAUGGAGUGGUGAAGAUACUAUGUUUCAACUGUUGCUGGGGUCUAGAGUGGUGGAGAUACUCUGCGCAUGUGCUAGUUGUUGUUAGGGGGUCGUUUUCUGCCUUCUGGUGGUCGAUGAUAUCCUUAUAUGGAGUUGUUUUUCUUCUGUUUGUUUUCUUGGGAUAUCUUGUGAUCUGCAGCGUCGGCCAUGUGUGCACAAGCAACACAUAAUUCCAUGAACGAUCUCCCCUCCUCUUAUUAUCUUUAAGUCUUAAUAAACAAUAUACUUAACUCAUAGUUUCUCACACCCGGAAAGUGCCCAGGCUCCCACAGGGCCCAGCCUCCUCCAAACGAUGGCAUGCUCUCUGUCCCAAGGGAUUUCGCACCCUGUGCGCAUCUGGAGAAAAGCAGCUGCAUUUGCUCUCCCAGAAGGCGGGAAGCUGGAAGCAGUGGCCCGGGCAGUGACAGGGGAUGUCCGCUCGGGCCACCCAGCCCCAGCGGAGAGGACGUCUGUUUGCUGCCACACGCCGGGGUGCCCGUCUGCUCCCAGGACAGCUUCACGGUGUCCCAGCCUCCGCCCCGGUGCGGCUGGCUGCAGGCCCGGCUGCCGGUGCCUGCAAGGCUUUUUCCCCCAGAGACCAGGGGCUGCGCACCCGGGCUGAGUCCGCAGCCCCCAACCCUGGGCACCACCGAGGGGGAUUCUGAGGGAAGCCCCUGUAGCUGACCGCAGCACGAGGGGGCAGGCCCGGGUCCCAUGGGGCCGGCGGCACCGGGCACGGCGGCGGCGAGGGACCGGCGGCGGCGCGGACUACAACUCCCGGCAUGCCCCGCGGCGGGGGGCGGGUCGCGUGGCUGCCCGCGCCUGUCGGGCUCCGUCGGUGGCGGAGCUGCGGGCCCUGCCCGGCCGGUGCUGGGGCUGCGGGUUCCGCCGGGGUCUCGCAUCGCUGCCGCCGCAUCGCAUCGCUGCCGCCGCAUCGCAUCGCUGCCGGGCUCGAACACGGACCCGUAGUAGCCCACGUAGUGGCCCUGUAGCCCAUGCUGACCGCGCGUGUCGGCGGGGCCUCGCCGGGCGGCAGCGCCAUGGGGCCGUGGGGCCGGGGCCUGCCGUGGGCUCUGGUGCUGCUCGCCUUGCGCGGAGCGGCCGGCGCCCGCCCCAGCUUCGUCCUGUUGCUGGCGGAUGACCUGGGCUUCGGAGACCUGGGCAGCUACGGGCAUCCUUCUUCGGCCACGCCCAGCCUGGACCGGAUGGCUUCCCGAGGGCUGCGGUUCACCGACUUCUACAGCAGCUCCCCGGUGUGCAGCCCGUCCCGGGCAGCCCUGCUGACAGGCCGGUUCCAGAUGCGCUCCGGGGUUUACCCUGGUGUGUUCAGCCCAGACUCACGGGGAGGCCUGCCGCUGUCUGAGGUCACCAUUGCUGAAGUGCUGAAGGCUGAGGGCUAUGCCACAGCCAUGGUUGGCAAGUGGCACCUUGGCCUGGGGAUUAACGGCUCCCUUCUGCCCAUUCAUCAGGGCUUUGACCACUUCUUGGGUGUGCCCUACUCUCAUGACCAGGGCCCUUGCCAGAAUCUCACCUGCUUCCCACCUGACGUCAAGUGUUUUGGGACUUGUGACCAAGGCUUGGUGCCAGUCCCACUGCUCUGGAACCAGAGCAUUGUGCAGCAGCCAGUCUCUUUCCCUGAUCUGGUGCCACUCUACAACAAAUUCUCCCGAGACUUCAUCGCUGACUGUGCCCGACGAGGCCUCCCCUUCCUGCUCUACUAUGCUUCCCACCAUACACACUACCCUCAAUUUGCAAGCCAGGAGUAUGCAGGGCAGUCACGGCGUGGGCCGUUUGGUGAUGCGCUCUUGGAGUUUGACGGCUCAGUGGGACAGCUGCUGCAGACACUGCAGGAAAAUGGUCUUGCAAACACGACCUUGGUGUUUUUCACCUCUGACAAUGGCCCAUCCACCUUGCGGAUGGCACGUGGAGGCAGUUCUGGCCUUCUGAAGUGUGGGAAGGGCACAACAUACGAAGGUGGCAUGCGGGAACCAGCAGUGGCUUAUUGGCCAGGCCAUAUCACUCCAGGAGUGACACAUGAACUGGCAAGCACCCUGGACAUCCUGCCAACACUGGCUACCCUGGCUGGAGCAGCUCUUCCCAAAGUUGCCCUGGAUGGCUAUGACCUGAGUCCAGUGCUGUUUGGGUCAGGGAAGAGUCCUCGGCAGACAAUGUUCUUCUACCCGCCAUCCCCUGAUCCGCUGCACGGCCCCUUUGCUGUCAGGCUUGGGAAGUACAAGGCCCAUUACUUCACACAAGGUUCCUUUCACAGCGAUACGACCCCAGACCAGGCCUGCCACGGGCUGACCCCGCUGACCCCUCACUUGCCCCCGCUGCUCUUUGACUUGGAGUCAGACCCAGCUGAGAACUAUGAUCUGCUGCAGAGUGGCGCAGGGCCGGAGGUUCUGCAAGUCCUGAAGGAGAUCAAACUGCGGAAAGUGCUUUUGGAGCAGCAAAUGGGGUUUGGAGAAAGCCAGAUCAGGAAGGGCAGGGAUCCCGCCCUGCAGCCCUGCUGCGUACCAAACUGCACUCCUAAGCCUUCCUGCUGCUACUGCUCCUAGCUUCUUGCUGCUCCAUCCCCUUCAGUUGUUCCACACUGGAACGCUAUCCAGGACCCACCAAACACCCCCUCUGUCCCCAACUAACCAAGCUCAGCCUUAGAGCUACCCUGCAGCUUUGGCUCAGUGACACCUCUGUCUAAUAGAGUGCUGGGGUAGCCAACUGUGGGUUGGGGAGAUUACCAACCCUGCUAGGAGCGCAGGUCAGUGGAUCCUAUGCUCUGCGUUGGAUGUCCAAGCUAAGGCCUCUUGACAGAAACCCUGACUUGUUCAGGGUGGGAUCAUGGUACAUCGUCAUCUCCAGAGCCAGAACAACUCCUUUCAAACCACAAUCAAGGUGAAGCAAAGGGCAUGCCCCAGUGUUCAGAGCUCCCAGCUCAGCUGGAGACAUGCUCUGCACCUCUGAGUAAGAACAGAGCUGGAAGCUGCAGCACCAUCACUCGCCAGGGGCCAAGAACACAGCAAGAGGAGGAUGGCAUGGAUGGUCCUGGCAGCUUCAGAGGCAGGACCUUGUGCAGCUAGUGCAGAAUGGACAUGCCUAGGUGGAAAGCAGCUUGGGGUAUGUGUGCUUAAGUACCUCCAAGUCCUUCAUGACUCCAGGAGGUGGAGAUGUGGCCAGUGGUUGUCAGGAUUGGUCCUCUUGUAAGGUCUGUGGAUCUUGGGGCUGAUCAAUCAGGUGGGCGGCAACCACAUGCCAUCCACAUGACUGAAAGGGUCUGUCUCCUCUUGCUUGUGAGCUAGUCCAGCUCCAAGUUUCCCAGUGAAUUGCACAUGCACACAGCGCUCCCACCAGUCGCUGGCCCUAGACACUGGGUGUUUCCAACUGGGGGGUCCCCCGACCUGUGUUCCCUCCUGCCAUUGCUAGCAGCCAGGCCUCUGGGCCCACCCCACCCCGGGGACAGAGCGGAGCCGCACAGAGAAAGGUUUGGAAUCACUCUCAACAAGAAGGUAGGACGGGUUGUGGUGGUUACGUGCAAGGCUCAGCCAAACAAGCAAUCCAACUAGCAGCUUAGGGGUGACUGGCUCCUUGAUCCCCCUUUCUCUCCAUUUUCCAUGCUUUUAUAUCCCACUCACCUGCCUUGAGUGCUCCCUUUCUCCACCCUUGUGUCCUCCCAAAUGAGGGACCUACCUGUGAUUGUUUUUUCCCCCUUGCUCCCAGGUUAGCUAGGCUUGUGAACAGAUUUGGUGUCCCAGGUGACAUUAGUUAGAUCACCUUGGACUUCUGUGGCAUUACUGAUGUGGUUUCCUGGCUACUGCUGUCCCUGCCAGACUCCUCUCCCCAAAAUGACCCCAACCAUUCCUUCAUGUAUCUGUGAAGUGUGGCCACCUCUCACAUAAUUCUCCCUUAACCACAUGCAAACCCUGGCUCUCUCUCAUGGCACUGUAACUCCUCUCAGCUUCUCACACUUUGCUAUGGUCGGUAAUUUCUCUUGUUAUGCUCAGAAUUAUCCCGUGAUAUGUUCAGUUAGCUAUGGUUUAUGCCAGGCCCAGAUCAUCAGCUUGUGUGCCUUAAUGCAUACCCGAAAGUUUCUGCAUGUCACGUCAA